CAGUAACUUGAUGUACAUCAACUGCAGGCACGUUGCACGCUUGCAGCAGGAACCCCGCAACAUCCAUGACGAUGGCAACAAAGCUCGGAUCAGCCAUGAGGUAGCAUUGUGGAAUGAAAAUGUUUGAUCGAUUCUGCACAAGUUGUUUGUCAUCAAUAUUGUCCAGUUACAGGAGCAGGAUGCAGAAAACUGACGGCUACUUGCAGAUACUGAUGCACUUGUUCUGCUCUACUGGACAGUAGGUUCCAGUUUAGACUGGCCAAGAGUCUAAAUUUGUUGUUGCCACUGCAGCGGGAAGGAGCAAGGUUCUCGCUUUCAACGAAUUCUUUCCUACUUUUGUUGAAUGCACUUGGAGUCUCUGGCAGUCUCACUGCAGUUCUCUCCUGGCCAAUGGGAUACCCAAUACCUACCUACACAAAAUAAACCAAACCUGCAAUUUCUUUCUACGAUACAUUCAUUUCAAAAUCCGUGGCCGGAUACCAGGUCAUAAAUGGUUUUCAAGAUAAUAUCGAACAGCCGUCUAUUAACAUUGCCAACUACUAAACCAAACAUUGUGCCACGCCAGCAAAUCCAACGUCAUCGACAACGCCUUCUUUACAAUUCGCCUCAAGGCAAUCACUUCAACAUCAGACUGCUUGAUUUUCAAUCCUCGGCAGCCAUGUCGUCGUCCACUCAUACAAAACGCACGUCCGGACCACACACGGCCUCGGCAUUAGCGGCAGACCACAUCCUCACCACGGGCGCCUCCAUGCCCAGGUUAAUGUACGGCACGGCGUGGAAGAAGGAACGCACAGCAGAUUUGGUAUUCGAGGCCCUCCAGGUCGGUUUCCGCGGUAUUGACACGGCCGCCCAGCCCCGCCACUACCGCGAGGAUCUGGUUGGGGAGGGUGUCCGGCGCGCCGUGGCAGCAGGCGUCGUCUCGCGCAGUGACCUUUUCCUGCAGACCAAGUACUCACCCCCGCCCGCGCAGGACGCCUCCAACAUGCCCUACGAUGCGAGUCUCUCCAUCACGGACCAGGUGCGCGCGUCGGUGGCGUCAUCACUGCGCAAUUUGGCAGCGACCGAGUCGGAUGAGGAGCCCUAUAUCGACUGCCUCGUGCUGCACUCGCCGCUCGACACCCCGGCCGCCACCGCCGAGGCGUGGGCCGCCAUGGCGUCGUUUGUGCCGCACAAGGUCCGCGCACUGGGCAUCAGCAACGCGAGCGCAGCAGACGUCGAGAUGCUGCUCGAUGGGCCAAUGCCGACGCCUACGACGACGCCGAUGCCGCCCGCCGUCGUGCAGAACCGCUUCUACCCGGGAAACCGCUACGAGGUCCCGCUACGGGCGCUGUGUGCGUCGAGGGGGGUGAUUUUCCAGGCCUUUUGGACGCUUAGUGGUGACGGCGGGAGGCUGAGGCAGCGGGCGGGCUGCGUGAAGCGCGUCGCGGAGGCGUGCGGUGUCGAUGCGGCCGUUGCGCAGUAUGCGCUCGUCCUGGGUCUUGGUGGAAUUAGCAUUCUAGACGGUACGACGGAUCGGUCGCACAUGGUGGCGGACUUGGAGGGGAUUGAGAGUGUGGGAAGAUGGAUUGCUGAGGAUGAAGGGAAGAAGGCUUGGGGGGAGUGUUUGGUGGAGUUUAGGGGCAUCAUUGAAGGUGCUUAGAGCUUUAGGAAUCAAGUUGAGCAAAUCCAAAUGCACGCUGUACCCCUGGGCCCCUUGCAAGGACCCUCAGCUGGCAUAAAUCGUGCCUUCUGCUGCAGUUAAAAUGGUCUGGACUGGGUUUUAUAUCAUUUGUGAGAGGUAAGCAAACAUGUAACUAAACACGGGUAAGAUCCUUGGGCUGUACACAUUGGUGGGCAAAAUAACACUUGUAGUGGCUAUUCUCUGUACUACAGACUUUCAAACUAGAUUCUGCUAUAUAUAAACGGCAUUCAUCUUCUUCGACUAACG